AUGGAAUCGACGCCUCCUUCACCUAGUUUGCUGGCUUCCACCAAUUCUAGGUUCUUGUUGUCUCGACGUAGAUUGAAGUUGAUCAGUAGGAUGUUUCAGCAAAUUUGCGAGGCUGUUGGGUUUUGUCAUGAUCGUGGAAUAUCACAUCGAGACAUCAAACCGGAAAAUUUCAUCGUUGAAGAUACCCGUGGAUCCGAAUUUGCUGGCAGUACCGAUCAAAUUCAUGUCAAGUUGACCGAUUUUGGUUUAGCAGUUGCGCAAACGAGAUGUAUCGAUUUCGAUUGUGGAUCCAAACCAUACAUGUCGUACGAAUGUCGAAAUAACACGCUCAGAUGGUAUAAUCCAAUCGAAUCGGAUAUUUGGUCUUUGGGAAUCGUUUUGCUCAAUUUGAUCUUCCAUAGAAAUCCGUUCAUGGAACCCAAUGUG